AGCAUCACCAAAACGUGCGAUGAUCUUCAGUCGGCAACCUGUUUCUUAGUAUGCUGUUGACUAAGUAGUUAGGUACACGGUGAGCCGUUGACUAGAAGCAGCAUGGCGACGCACACUUCGAAGUUUUGGAAACCAGGCAGUGAGCCACCUGGGUCCACACUUUCUGAGGAAAGGGUGUCCAGCGAGGGUCAAGGGUCGUCUGUGGUUUAUAACCCAUAUAGAAACCUUUCUCUAGAACAACAGAGACUGAAACUGCCAGUAUUCCAGCACAGGACCAAUAUUUUAUACCUUGUGGAGUCAUACCAGACAGUGAUAGUAGUGGGAGAGACGGGCAGUGGGAAAAGCACACAGAUUCCUCAGUAUUUGCUGGAGGCAGGCUGGGCAGCAGAAGGUUAUAUGAUAGCAGUAACUCAGCCCAGGAGAGUGGCUGCUGUGACGGUUGCCACCAGAGUGUCAGAGGAGCGAGGCAGGAUGCUGGGACAGGAAGUGGGGUACACCAUACGCUUUGACGAUGUCUCAGAUCCAGAAGCCACAAGGGUCAAGUUUAUGACAGAUGGAAUGUUGGUAAGAGAAAUGAUGCAGGAUCCUCUGCUCAGUAAAUACAGCGUAGUUAUGCUGGAUGAAGUCCAUGAGAGGACAAUACAUACUGACAUUAUACUGGGGUUGCUGAAAAAGAUUCAGAAGAAGAGAAAGGACCUGAGACUGAUAGUUGCAUCUGCUACAAUGGAUGCAGAGGAAUUCAAAGAUUUUUUCAACACUAAUGAGACUGGGGAUAGCAGGAAUGAUACAGCAGCUGUUCUUAGUGUAGAAGGACGCAUGUUUCCUGUGGAUGUGCAUUAUUCACUAGACCCUGUGCCAAACUAUGUCAAGGCUACAGUAGAAACAGCCAUAAAAAUCCACCAUAAUGAAAAACCAGGAGACAUCUUGGCCUUCUUAACUGGCAUGGAGGAGGUGGAGCAAGUGGUGUCUCUGUUGAUUGAAGAAGCCAGGAAAAUCCCCAGGGACUCCCAGAAGAUGAUGGUGUUACCCAUGCAUGGCAGUUUACCUGCUUCUGAACAGAUGAAAGUAUUUCAGAGGACCCCCAAUAAUGUCAGGAAGAUUGUGGUGGCCACAAACAUAGCAGAAGCUUCUAUAACCAUCAGUGGGAUUGUUUAUGUGAUAGACAGUGGUUUUGUCAAGUUGCCAGCAUUCAAUCCUAAAACUGGAAUUGAAUCACUGGUUAUUGUCCCUGUGUCGCAGGCAUCUGCUGAGCAGAGGGCAGGUCGCGCGGGACGUGUGCGCUCAGGAAAGGCAUACAGGUUAUAUACUGAGGAAGCCUUCCACACUCUAGCCCCCAGUACAGUACCAGAGAUACAGAGGGCAGGUAUGGCCAGUGUGGUGCUACAACUCAAAGCUUUGGGCAUUGAUAAUGUGGUCAGGUUCAACUUCCUUUCACCGCCCCCUGCCCAGAACAUGGUCCGCGGUGUGGAGCUCCUGUAUGCCUUGGGAGCCCUAGAUGACAAUGGUCGUCUCACCAACCCCCUGGGCUACAGAAUGGCUGAGUUUCCACUACAUCCACUGUAUGCCAAGAUGUUACUAAUCUCAGGGGAAAUGGACUGUUCAGAAGAAGCAGUCAUCAUAGCAGCCAUGAUGCAGAUACAGAAUGUGUUCAUUACUCCUCCCAAGCAGAAGAUACAGGCUACAAAUGCUAAAAGGAGGUUCUCAGCUUUAGAGGGAGAUCAUCUGACCAUGCUCAAUGUUUAUCUUGCCUUUGUGCAGCAUAACAAAAGACCAAAAUGGUGCCAUGAAAACUUCCUUAACUACAAGGGGCUUUGUCGAGCAUCGGAUAUAAAGGAUCAGAUGACAAGACUGCUUAAGAAAUUCAAAAUUCCUUUGGUAUCUUGUGAAGGAGAUGCUGAAAAGUUACGACGGUGUUUGACUGCGGGGUUCUUUGCCAAUGCAGCCAAGCUGCACUACAGUGGGGAGUACAGGACAGUGAGAGAUGACCACCCCCUGAGUGUCCACCCCACCUCUGUCCUCUACACUGAGACCAGACCACAGUGGGUGAUAUUUAAUGAGAUAGUCCAGACUAACAAAGACUACAUGCGAGACCUGACAGCCAUUCAGCCAGAGUGGUUAUAUGAGCUGGCACCACACUACUACCAGUACGGAACGGACCGAGAGUUGGCAGCUAAGAGAGCAAGGCUGGGUGACAGGUGACACCCUGACAGGUGACACUGAAAGGUGACAGAUGGGGGAUUUUAGAAAAUGGAAAUCUCAGAACAAGAUUCCUGGUGUCCGGAUCAAUCAGGACGUUGAUUUUCGUCUCAGGGAUAGCAAGUUAAUUGACAAACCAAAAAAUACACCGACCACCGUGAAGACAGAAUACUGGAAAUAUUGGAGAAAUUAGGGCAUUUUUAUCUGUUGGGACCUUUUAUCGAAAGAGACACUGCAUGUACGUUAGCGCCCACGCUAUAACAGAGAUAACAAGUCCCAAAGUAUUCCAGACAUCCCACUGGAUUCCCAGUGUUGGCGUCAUUCUGGAAAUUUUGGGGAAGUUUUUAUCUGCUGGGACCAUUUUUGAAAGUGGUACGUACUGCUUGCAUUAUGCUAACUGUGUCACGCUCCACACCCGCUAGAGAGAACGAAACAGACCACCGUGCAGACAGAAUACAUACUGGAAAUUUUGAGAAUUUUUUUUUUUUUUAUCUGUUGGUACCAUUUUUGAUAGUGGCACUGCAUGUUAGCUGUACCACGCCUCGUACAUGUACCUGCUAAAGAGAACGCUGGAGAUAAUUUGAUAACAUACGCAUAAAGGGUUGCAAAUCAUUAAGAUUAAAACAGCUUGAUGAAUAAUACCAAGCAAAACGGUGUUAUCGUAUUAUCGAGAUCUCAGUUACUGGCUGUUCAUAAACACAAGGUCAAAGGCGACCAUUGUAUUAUGACCGUUAUUGUAUUAACAUCAGAUAACAGAGAUAACAAGUCUCAAAGUCUACCAAGAGAGCUGUGUACAUAAUUGUGCCCAGUCGUUUUAACCGUUUAAAACUUCAUUUUGCGACACAUUUGACGUACAGCUGUAUUGCCUAUUGCUCAUACGUAUAAACGAGAGACAGAAGUAGUAACUUUCACACCAAACUAAAGUGCCAAUACCUGGCUUUUGACAAAUAAUGAAAAACAUUUUUGACUAUCAUUCUUGCUUUUGUAAUCCCUGCAAAUAUAAAACGCGUACAAAUGUAAAUAAAAGCC